AUGUCGGGUGCGUACUGGGACAGCCACCGCUACCCCGGUGGCUCAGCUUACGACCGACACAUCACAAUCUUCUCCGAGCAGGGAAGAUUGUACCAAGUCGAAUAUGCCUUCAAGGCCAUCACAGCUGCGAACAUCAUGUCGAUAGGUGUUAGGGGCAAGGACUGCGCCGUUGUCCUCUCCCAGAAGAAGGUUCCUGAUAAGCUCAUCGACCCCGCCUCCGUCUCCCACAUCUUCCAGAUCUCCCCAUCCGUCGGCUGCGUGAUGACCGGUUCUAUUGCCGAUGCCCGUGCCUUCUCCCAGCGUGCCCAGGGUGAGGCGGCCGAGUUCCGCUACAAGUACGGCUACGAGAUGCCCGCCGAUGCUCUGGCCAAGAGACUGGCCAACAUCAGCCAGGUCUACACACAAAGAGCCUACAUGCGCCCGUACGGCGUUGCGACGACACUGAUCUCAUUGGACUCGGAGUUUGGACCUCAGCUGUUCAAGUGCGAUCCUGCCGGAUACUACAUUGGCUACAAGGGCACCGCCGCCGGGCCCAAGCAGCAGGAGGCCCUCAACCACCUUGAGAAGAAGCUGCGCAACAAGGACCACGCCCCCGGCGACUGGAGGGAGGUUACUGAGCUUGCCAUUACGACGCUCAGCACCGUCCUCAGCAUGGACUUCAAGAAGGGCGAGAUCGAGAUCGGUAUUGUGGGAGGCCCCCGUGCAGACGGCCAGGAGGGGACCGACCCCGGUUUCCGUACGCUGACCGAGGACGAGAUCGAUGAGCGGUUACAAGCGAUCGCGGAGAAGGACUAA